UGCCCGCAGCACCGGGGGCUGCUCCCGCGGCUGCCCGAGCCCAGAACCCCGCGAGGAGCCAGCAUGGGGCCCGCUGAGGAGCUGGUCCGGAUCGCCAAGAAGUUGGAUAAGAUGGUGGCCAGGAAGAGCACGGAAGGGGCGCUGGAUCUGCUCAAGUCUCUCACCGGCUACACCAUGACCAUCCAGCUGCUGCAGACCACGCGCAUCGGGGUGGCGGUCAACUCGGUGCGCAAGCACUGCUCGGACGAAGAGGUGGUGGCCUCGGCCAAGAUCCUCAUCAAGAACUGGAAGCGGCUGCUGGAGACCCCUGCUGCCCCGAAGAAGGAGAAGGACGCCGAUGGGGAGAAGGAGAAGAAAGAGAAGGAGAAGAGGCUGGAUUUUCCCAGCUGUCCCAACGAAGGGGCGAACCCACACCCGGCCAAACACCCCAAGAACCCGGCCGAGAAGCACAGGGAGAAGCACAAGGAGCGGAAGCCCAGCAACCCCGGCUCCCACCCAGCCCCCCUGAAGGGCCACCCCCCCGACUCCAACCCGCAGAGGAGGGACUCUGCUGACUCGAGGUCCUCAGCCGUCUCCUCCUCUUCCUCCCUGCAGAAGAGACCCUCGGGGGAGAGAGCCAACAGCAGCAAGGCCAAGGCGGAGACGCCACGGACCCCCAGCAGCCCCCCCUUCUCGCCCAGCGUCUGCCUCCUGCCCCCCUGCUACCUGACGGGGGACUCGGUCCGGGACAAGUGCAUCGAGAUGCUGACGGCCGCCCUCCGCAUGGACGAUGACUACAAGGAGUUCGGCGUCAACUGCGAGAGGAUGGCAUCGGAGAUCGAAGACCAUAUCUUCCAGGAGCUGAAGAGCACGGACAUGAAGUACCGCAACCGGGUGCGGAGCAGGAUCAGCAACCUGAAGGACCCCAAGAACCCCAACCUGCGGAGGAACGUGCUGUGCGGGGCCAUCCUGCCCAGCCUCAUCGCACGCAUGACCGCCGAGGAGAUGGCCAGCGACGAGCUGAAGGAGCUGCGCAACGCCAUGACCCAGGAGGCCAUCCGCGAGCACCAGAUGGCCAAGACGGGCGGCACCGUCACCGACCUCUUCCAAUGCGGCAAGUGCAAGAAGAAGAACUGCACCUACAACCAGGUGCAGACGCGCAGCGCCGACGAGCCCAUGACGACAUUCGUGCUGUGCAACGAGUGUGGGAACCGCUGGAAGUUCUGCUGACGGCGCCCGGCGGGGCUGGAGGGGACACGGCACGGAGGGGAUAUGGUGACAGCACGUGGGAGGGUGGCAGCAGCCCCCCUGUUCCACAGCACUGGGAUCCCACAAGUGUCCCGGCAUCGGGCAGGUUUGCUGUGGAAGAUCCCGGUGAAUUCCAGCCCUUUGUACUGGGAGCCCACUGGGAGUGCAGACACGUCCAGCGAGAAGACUGGUCCGAACUGGGCUGCAGAGGGAAGGGCUGGGGGCAGCCUGGGCUCGCAUGCCUGGGGGGCAGGAGGGACGCUGCCCCAUGGAUGUGGGGCUGGGAAAGGGCCAGGUUUCACCCCCAAACCCCCCCUUUCCCUCCCCUAACUGCAGGUGGCAGGGCGUGGGGGGAGAUGGGGUCGGUCACGGUGGUGCCCGGGUGCCAGUGGGAUGUCACCGCAUCCCCUCGCUCUGUGCCACACGGGGUGGCCGGCCGGCGUCCCCAGGGAAGAGGAAGGGACAGGGGCA